CUUUUUUCUUCUUUUUUAAACUAAUGUUGGUGUGUUGUUAUAUAAAGAUCAAGUAGAAAAAAAUCAUAAAUACCUUUUCUAAAUAACACGUGCAGGUUGUUCGUAUACGUCUGCACCGAAGCGUUUCUAAACCCCAGUUCACUCAUGCGACUCAAGAGACUGUCAUUUAAUUACAAUAACAACAAAUAACUCGAAAUAGACAUCAGUCUUCAAAACUUUCUUUAGACGCCUUUACCGAACAUUGUAAGCUACUGAUAAUAACAGAGAAAAUAAACAUAGAAUUAUCCGUAGUUUUUAAACAGCUAUAAAAGACGAAUGCAUACACAGACUAUUAUAUUUAUAUUUCAGUAUAACUGAGAAUCACCGGCUAACAGGAAAACUAGAAAAAAAUGUAUCAAUCAGUAUAUUCUCGUAUUAUUGCAAAGGGUUCAUCGUCACGACAAAGCGAAAUCACACAGGCAAACUGCACAUCUGAUGCGUAAAACUGAGCUCUCUGGCAAUAGGGUGAAAACGAAAGCAAUUGCAGAGAACUGUCAAUAAUCGUACAGCAUAAGAAAACGCGAUUUGUAAACACAAAUUAAUCACUAUUAAAAGUAUUUUAAUUUACACAAAAACACAACCUCACCUAACAAAUUUGCAUGCAAAAUGUAUAUUAUGUUAUUAUAUCUUACAUUGCUUUAUCUUACUCAAGGCAGAGAACAAAUUACAAACAGUGAGAUAACAAGAUCUUAACAUGUUAAAUUGUUUCCAUGCAGUUUACAGAGUAAAUGCUUUAGGUAAAAUAUGCGCUCCUAAUGCCGUCUUGUAUAUCCUAACCUGGAGGCGCCGGGGCUCCAGCGCAGGAUGUUCAGGAGGAGAGAGUCUCUACAGCGCAGCAAUGCUGUGAUUGGCCAAUCGCACUGACAGCUCUUCCGCUGAUUGGUCAGGAACCGACGCCCGACCCCCUUUCACUCCAGCUAGAGGACCAUUCAUAAACUAAACAAUUCCUGCACUCACAGCUGAGUCUGGACAACUGAACAGUGGCGCACAUUUUCAUCCGCAAACACAAGUGAGAAAGAUGAUGACAUGACGAUCGGAGAUUUAUCCCACAGCUGAUACGGGCUUGGAGAAGCGACAUUCUUAGUAUCUGUUCAAGUUCACGUGGAAAAGUAGAGUUGUAUUGCGUUGCAUCUCUGUCUGCUUCCUGCCUCAAACUUGACGUCUAUCCGCCGUGGGCGCAAAGUUCAUCCUCUGCUUUUUUCUUCUCUUUGCUGGGAGUUGUGCCUCUGGCUUCACCGGUAAGCAUUGGAUCCUUCGGCGUAUUGCGAAACUCCGGUCUACAGUCCGGACCUGUGCCCAAACAUGAUCGCAACGCAGGCGAAGCUGGUUUACCAGCUUAAUAAAUAUUACAACGAGAGAUGCCAAGCGCGCAAAGCGGCCAUCGCCAAGACCAUUCGAGAGGUGUGUAAGGUGGUGUCGGAUGUGCUAAAGGAGGUGGAGGUCCAGGAGCCCCGUUUCAUCAGCUCGUUGAGCGAGAUAGACGCGCGCUAUGAGGGCAUGGAGGUCAUCGCACCCAACGAGUUUGAGGUCGUGCUUUACCUGAACCAAAUGGGAGUCUUUAACUUCGUGGAUGACGGCUCGCUGCCGGGUUGCGCCGUGCUCAAACUCAGCGACGGCCGAAAGAGGAGCAUGUCCCUGUGGGUGGAGUUCAUCACCGCCUCCGGUUAUCUAUCUGCCAGAAAGAUCCGCUCCCGCUUCCAGACCCUGGUGGCUCAGGCCGUGGAUAAAUGCAGCUAUCGGGACGUGGUGAAAAUGGUGGCGGACACGAGCGAAGUGAAACUGCGCAUUCGGGAGAGGUACGUGGUGCAAAUCACUCCGGCCUUCAAGUGCACGGGCAUCUGGCCUAGAAGUGCUGCCCAGUGGCCCAUGCCCCACAUCCCGUGGCCCGGGCCCAACCGGGUGGCGGAGGUAAAGGCGGAGGGUUUUAACCUUCUCUCAAAAGAGUGCUACUCGUUAACGGGUAAACAGAGCUCGGCAGAGAGCGACGCCUGGGUCUUGCAGUUUGCCGAGGCCGAGAACAGGCUUCUGAUGUCGGGGUGCAGGAAGAAAUGUCUCUCUGUUCUAAAGACUCUCCGUGACCGACACCUAGAGCUACCCGGGCAGCCGCUUAAUAACUACCACAUGAAGACCCUGCUGCUGUAUGAGUGUGAGAAACAUCCGAGGGAGACUGACUGGGACGAGUCGUGCCUCGGCGACCGGCUGAAUGGUAUUCUUCUCCAGCUCAUCUCGUGUCUGCAGUGCCGCCGGUGCCCGCAUUACUUCUUACCCAAUCUAGAUCUGUUUCAGGGUAAACCACACUCGGCCCUGGAGACAGCGGCCAAACAAACCUGGAGACUGGCUAGAGAAAUCCUUACUAACGCUAAAAGUUUGGAUAAACUGUAAAAUGGUAUAAAUAAAAGGACAAUUUAUGUCGGUGAAAAAUAACGGGACUUUUGAGAUCACAACACUGAAAGUGGAGAGACUGUGAUCUUGGUGCUCUCCGAAAAAUAUCUUAGGAAAAAAAAUUCCGAAGCAUUUGCUUUUGUCAAGGCUCAAAAUGGACUUUGCGAGAGAGAAAGAGAGACGGUACAUUUCAAGAUAAGUGUAAUGAUUUUGUUGUUUGUUUGAACUGUUUUCACAAAGUGAAAAAUUUAUUUAAUUAUGCACAAGAUCUUUAAAAGCGAAUUACAAAAUGUAGCGUGCCAAGUUCAAUUUUUUUCAUGAUGUGAUCGAAAAUUGAAACGUAAUAAAAUCAUGACACGAUGAAAAUUUUAA